AUGAAGAGAGGGGCGGUUACUCCUGAAUAUCCGGACAGGGAAAUCAUAUCUCCUAUGUCCGGAAAAUCCCUACAAGUUGGAGGAAGUUAUCAAGAUCUCCUGCAAAAAAAUCUCCGGGACACAGGUGGAUGUCGGAGAGUCGUCGAACACUGGAGAAUGAUUCUUGUCAUCAUCAUCCCAAUCGUCGCUAUGAUCGUUUUCUCGACCUUUAACCUUAGUAAUGCUAUUCAGCUGAUGGAGGACACAGAUGCUGCUACAUCACAAAUAAACUCUGCUCAGAUGUUCGCGAAUUUAAUUCAGAUGCUUCAACGAGAAAGGGGAAGGUCUGCCACAUUUUUAACUGUAAAUGGAAAUGCGUCUGAGGCUCAGAGCCUACUCCAGGAAGCACAGCAGAACACUGACGCCGGCAUACAAAACAUCGCCUUUGGAAACAGAAUGUUUUCUAUAAAUACUACAACAUACACCAAAAAGGAUAUAAUUUCUAGUAUAAGAGAAACUAGAAAUAAAAUCUGGAACACCGAAGUAACAGUCCUAGAAGUCUUAGAAUUUUAUACAAAUAUAAAUAACGCAUUGAUGGAUGAAAUGCUAGUGGGUGUACAAAUACCCGAAGGAAAGCAUCUUUACUCCAAAUUGUUUGUGUUAGUGGCACUUCUACGUCACAUUGACCUUAUUGGCCUUCAAAGAGCUAGAAUAGCCUAUCUUUUCACAAUAUGUGGAUUCACAAACCAUGAAUUUCAAAUGUACCGAUACACUGAAGGUAAAGCAAAAUCGUACUUAGAAAUUGUGGUUACCUAUGAUUCCAGCAUUGCCAAUACAUACACAGAAAGCGACUUUAAUGCGGAAAGAUACCUUCACGAAGUAAGCUUGAAACUGUGGGCUAAUAAUUCUUACGAUUGCCAAAACCAGACUGAGGAGGAAAGGUUUGCUAUGAGUGUAGAAUGGUUUAGGAACAUGACAAUGAUUAUAGACUUCUCCUUUCUCAUUCAUCACAAUUCUUCCAGACUACUAAAGGAAAAUCUCUCAGACAUCCGAAGCGAGGCUCAGUUCCGUUUUGUUUUAUUCAUAUGCCUACAGGUGAUUGUGGCAUUAGCAAGCUUUACAUUGCUGGUUUGGUAUAUAUCGUGUGUUAACAAAAUGACGUUACGAAUCGCAAGGUAUGCAAGCGACAUCAAAUCCAAAACCAAGGAAUUAGCCGAAGAAAAGAGACUUACAGAGAAACUUCUAUACCGGAUGCUACCUAGGAAAAUUGCAAUGCAGUUGAAAUCAAAGGGAUUUGUACCCGCUGAAGAAUUUUCUCAGGCUUCUGUCUAUUUCAGUGACAUCGUUGAUUUCACUUCACUGUGCAGUAGAAGCUCACCUUUGCAGGUUAUAGACCUACUUAACGAAAUAUAUUCCCUGUUUGAUAACUGUAUUGAUAAGUAUGACGUGUACAAAGUGGAGACCAUUGGGGAUGCCUACAUGGUUACAAGCGGGAUUCCAGUCUCAAAUGGACAUGCGCAUGCGCUCCAUAUCUGUAACAUGGCUCUGGAUAUCCGGGACAGUAUGACUAACUUCCGGUCCCCUGUUCACUCCUCUGAGGUUAUCAAAAUACGCAUUGGUAUACAUUCAGGGCCCUGUGUGGCGGGGGUGGUAGGGAAAAAGAUGCCUCGUUACUGUUUGUUUGGAGAUACCGUCAAUACAGCCUCCAGAAUGGAGUCGACCAGCCAAGGUGGAAGAAUACAAUUGAGCUCCACCACUUGUGAAAUAAUUAGUAGAUAUGAUUAUUUUCAAUAUACUGCCAGGGGAUUUAUUAAAAUCAAGGGUAAAGGAGAAAUGAUGACUUAUUGGCUGGAAGCUUCAAAACAAAAACCCUCUGUUCGAAUGAUUUGUUAA